CAGGAAAAAGCCUAAGAAACCUGUCUCAUUGAAACCAGAGCUAGAUGUUUGUUGGACUAAUGCCAUAAACACUGGGAAGACACAUGACUGCAUUCCCAUUGAAGCUACUGCUCCACUGUAUAUUUUGUAUACAUCAGGAACCACAGGGACUCCAAAGGCAGUGGUUCGACCUACUGGAGGUCAUACCGUUAAUUUGCAUUGGACUUUAAAGUACGUUUAUGGAAUGAAUAGUGGUGAUACCUGGUGGGCUGCUUCAGACCUAGGUUGGGUGGUUGGGCAUUCAUAUAUAUGCUAUGGUCCCCUGAUAUCAGGGCUAACUACAGUAAUUUUUGAAGGUAAACCUGUUGGCACUCCAGAUGCUGGCACAUAUUUCAGAGUUAUCCGUGAUCACCAUGUAAGAGGUAUGUUUACUGCACCCACUGCACUGCGAGCAAUAAGGAAAGAGGAUCCAGAAGCCUUCAUAGGAAAACUGUACAACACUUCCUGUCUGCAGUAUCUAUUUGUAGCAGGAGAACACUGUGAUUAUGAAACCUUGGAAUGGGCUAGAGAUAAAUUAAAAGUUCCUGUCUUGGAUAAUUGGUGGCAAACAGAAACAGGAUCUCCAAUGACAGCCACCUGUGUAGGGCUUGGCAACAACCUAUAUCCUCCACGAGAAGUCAGUGGAAUGCCAGUGCCAGGCUGGGAUGUACAAGUUGUUCAUGAGGAAAAGCAAUCACCUGCCAAACCUGGAGAAUUGGGUCGUAUAUUAAUAAAGUUACCAUUACCUCCAGGAUCAUUUUCUACUUUGUACAAGAAUGAAGAGAAGUUCAAAGAGAUCUACUUCACAAAAUACCCUGGCUAUUAUGAUACUAUGGAUGCUGGGAUGAUAGAUGAGUAUGGCUUUAUUAGUGUCUUGUCUCGAGAAGAUGAUGUCAUCAAUGUAGCAGGACAUCGUCUUUCUACUAGUGCCUUGGAAGAAGCAAUCAUGAGCCAUCCUGAUGUAGUGGAAUGUGCAGUUUUUGGAGUCCCUGAUGCAUUGAAAGGAGAAGUUCCACUGGGACUCUAUGUGAUGAAAAAUGGAACAAAGAAGACUUCUACUGACAUUACUAAAGAACUGAUUGCAUUAGUCCGACAACUUGUUGGUCCAGUUGCAGCAUUUAGACUUGCUGCUCCCAUAAAAGUUCUUCCCAAAACUCGUUCUGGAAAAAUUGCUCGGAAAAGUAUUUCAGACAUGGCCAAGAACAAAGGAAUCAGGAUUCCAACCACCAUAGAGGAUCCAUCUGUAUAUCAGAAUGUAAAGGAAGUUUUAAAUGAGUUGGGCUUUGCUCUGGAUGUUCUUGAUCUAUAGUAAUUUGCUUCUUCAACACAAAUGUCAAAAUUAAUCUAGGUUGUAUAUAUAGGACCUGAUUUUAAUGUGAUGAAAUGUAUUAAAUAGUAAAAAGUAGUAAAGUACAAGAAAUGUUAACAUAUAAUGUCACAUCUUACUGCUGAAAGAUUUAGUUUUAUGCUUUUCUUUAACAGUUAAUGACAAGUGAAAAGGUGAAUCUAUUUUUGUAAUAAAAUAUUUUGUAUUUAAAUAUUGAUAUGCAGUAACAAAUAAAGUAUCAGUCAAAAUGUAUAAAACUUUGUGUAAAACUGGUUCUAUACAAACAUUUUGUGAUAAUCUGUUACUGAAUAUGACAUGUGAUUUUAUUUUAUAAUUAAUUUUACAAAGUAAAUUAAAUUAUAAGAAUUAACAUAUUUAUAAUUGAUAUAAAUAAUAGUGAAUAUUUAUAUCACUGUUUUCAAACCAGCCACCUUAUUUUUUUUUGUUUUGGUGACAAGGAAAACAAUUGUCAGAAAAUAUAAAAUUCUUAAUUCAGUAAACCACAUAGUUAUUGUACAAUUCUACAAAUAUUUCUUUCGUGUAUUUAUAAUAUUCAUUAACCUGCUGAGAGAUCGUACAAAUUUUGUUUGUUUGUAAUUAGGCACAAAGCUACACCAUGGGCUAUCUGUGCUCUGCCCACCAUGGGUAUUGAAACCCGGAUUCUAGUGUUGUAAGUCCGCAGACAUACCGCUGGGUACAAAUCUUUUAAACUCAACUAGAUUUCUUGUAUAUAUUUUUUUUCAACUUUUCUUCUUAGCUAAAUACAAUGAAUUAGAAUUUAUAAAUAUACUGAAAUAGUAUUGGGUUUAGUGUGUUUUGUAAUGGUUGUGAGUAAUUAGCUGUGGAAUUAAAUCAAAUUAAAGCUGUUA